CAUUUGGGCACCCAGACGCUCACUUACGGCAACAGGCGCCCGGCAGGACAUAAGGCAGGGCGGGAAGGCCACACAGGACGCAAUGACGGACAUCAAGAACAAGAUCCAGUCUGUUCACCGUGACCUGGCCACGCAGAUCACGUCAUCGCCGUCCCUCAGUAGCCUUGAACCCGUGCUGCGUCAGGUGAACCUUUCCGUGGUGGAGAGCAUCGCCAGGGCCGCCGCGGGGCUCAACGUUACGCUACUUGACGACGCCGCCCGCAGGAGAGCAGGAGUGUCUGAGGGGGAAGAGAGAGGAGACCGACCCGUACCUCCCCUGCACUGCCCUGACCCUACCACUGUGGCCGCUCUGCUGGAGAUAAAGCUCCUCCUUCAGUCGCUGUUGAGGAAGAGUGAGGACCUCCGCCGCGGCCUCACCAAGAAGACCAGUGAGGGCGUGGAGCUCCUCAAGUUCUUGCACCAGCGCUUCGCAGUCCUGGUGCGCCGAAAUGAACACCGACCCAGACUACGGUCAGGUGCUGGUGGCCGAGAUGCAGGACCUGGGCAGCCUGGUGGAGUCUUCCUACAUGGCAGUCAUGAUGGCACAGGACUGCCUUCAUCGACUCCUGCAAGCGUAUCCAGGAGGAGGAGCCGCUGCUGGAACGCAAGAUGACGGAGCUGCUUGAUAAACUUGUCACCAACAUCGACCUCGGAUACCGGCACAACCGGCAGCAGCUGUCUGAGCUGAAGGAGGUGGUGAUGAAGCUGGGUCAGCUCGGCACGGCGCCCAACGUCACACAGGAACCCGCCACGACGCGCACAAAGCCUGAGCGACAGACUCUCGGUGAUGCCGCCGCCGUGCCUGGCGAGGUGCAGGACGCCAUCCUGGAGGCGGUGGAGGUCACCAAUCACACAGUGGCGCGGCUGGAGGAGGUGGAGGGCUACGUGGACAACGUGGCGGCUGAUCUCCUCAAUACUGAGUGGAGGGAUCGCCACCAGAAAGAUUCCGCCGACCAGCUGGUGACGGCGGCCAAGGACCUCAAGGGGCACGCGCAGGAACAAAUCCUUCAGUCUCUUGACUUCUAUGAGAUCCUGCUGAUGGUCCUCGAGCAAUUCAACGCCAACACCUCCGUCAGGGCCAGCCAGGAUCAGCCCGCGGCUCCCACCACCACGCCGCCCCUUGAGCUGCUCAGUGACGCCGCCCCCCUCACUCUUCCGUCAACCUGUACUGCAGCUCUCCUGCAGCAGAUCACCAGCAUGAAGGCGCGGCAGACAAUCGCCCUGCCCAACACUGACAGCACACCACUUGCCGGCGCAGACCCAGGCCAGCAGGGGCAAGAGGAGAGCCAGGAGGACGUAUUGGAGGGGGAGGAGGCAGAGGAGGAGGGAGAGAACGAGGAGGAAGAGGAGGAUGUGCCAGCGUGGUACACUGACCCAGUCUUCCUCUCCGGCAACUACGGCACACCGGACCGCGGGUUGCCUGUGUUCAGGGAGGAGGACUGGCUGGACAUGGACAACGCGUACGACACCGAGCACGCCCCCACCUCUCCACCGCCCCCGGCCACCACCACGCCCGCCACUGCCUCGGCCAGGCCCGGCACCACGGGGCUAGUCAGUCGCUAUUUCGGGGUCUCGUAGUUCCCCUCUCGUCGCGUUGCCUCGCUGGUGCACCGCCACACUUACCGCUGUGACAGUUAGCCUGGCUGGAGCAGGAGCGAGGCGCGGCACCCGAGAGAUGUCUAUUGCCAUAAGUUACACAAGUUUUACAACAAUCAAAACACAGUCUACAACAUGGCACGAUCUGUGAACUCAGCACAAACAGCAGCAAAAUGUGAUUAUUGGCAACAAUAUUUAUAACACAUAUAAUCGCAAGAAAUUGUGUAGCACUGUUAAUAACAUUGGUAGAAGUAAUAGUAGUAGUAGUAGUAAAAGUGGUAGUUAUGUGACAGUGAUAAUGGUAGUAGCAGCAGUUCAAGUAGUAAUAUAUAUAGUAAAAGUGACAGUAUUAGCGGUAGUGGAAGGAACAGAAAUAUAUAGUAGAAAUAGUGAGAGGUAGGUUGUACAGUACGAGUAAUAGAAAUGCCCCGUAACAUUAGUAGAAGUGAACGAUAACAAAGGGCGAUCACUAUCCAGACACUUAGAGAUUGCAGCAGUAAAACUCAGGAGAGAGAAAGGGUGCUGGAAUGAAAUGUCGAGGCAGGAAUAGGGUGGAUAACACACAAGUGAGAGGCAUGACUUUGCUAGACCCAAGGUGCGUGAUACGAAGAGGCGGCCUGGCCAUCUGGCGGCCCAUGAGAGGGCAGGGAGACCGCGAUGACCGUGAACCUGCCGCUGGUAAAAACGUAAUAGUUGGAAACGGACAAACGCAACAAAUACCAGAAGUAUUCAACAGACUCCCAAAACAAAAUAUGAAAGUCUCGAAUGUUAUCAUAAAUAAUCCUUUACAGAACAUAAUUAUGAUGUGUCAUUCGUCAGUUCUAGAUUACAUGCUUAUAUAUUGUUCAACCCAAAAUAAACACAAUUACUGUUGUGAUCUUUGUACUGACUAAUACAUGUACGAUUCAGCGUUCAUACUGACUGAAUAAAUAUCGAGUCAACGAGAUGGGUCUGGCUUCUAUCCAUAAGCCACACUCUAACAAAAAAUACUCCUACAUUAGGUUUCUCCUUCAGACAUAUAUAUAAGCGUUUCUGAUGAAGUGAAUCAGUUCACAAGGUGGCAACACACAGGGAGGCAACAGAAUCAGGUGCGUUUUGAAUAUCCAGGGAUUCAGAAUCUCAUCAAUUAUCAGAACCAGAACCAACACAUAAGGAAUCAGUUCACAAGGUGGCAACACACAGGGAGGCAAACAGAACCAGGUGUGUUUUGAAUUUCCAGGGAUUCAGAAUCUCAUCAAUUAUCAGAACCAGAACCAACACACACGGAAUCAGUUCACAAGAUGGCAACACACAGAGACAACAGAACCAGGUGUGUUUUGCAGAGAUUCAGAAUCUUGUCAAUAAUCAGAACCAGACCCAUCAAAUACUUGGUCAGGAUUCUUGAUAAUCUGAUACCCGUUAGCAGCCCCGACACGCCCAGUGCCACGACACACUGAGGUGAUCGAUGCUUUCACCAUCCUGGAGACAAGUUUUUGUGCAGCCACAUCGUGGCCGUCGCACAGCAUCACCACCCGAGCCGUACAGAACGCGCUCCUUUCCUCUCCUCUGCCUUCUCCCUUCUCUCUCACCACGCCCCACUCACACCCACUAACCUCUCGAUUGUAAUUCACUCCACCAAACUGAUGUCACUGAUGAAAAUAAAUUGAAGUUCUCC